AUGGAGGCCCGCCUAGCAUUGAGCUUUUCAAAUGAAGACAAGGUGGGAACCAUACAGCCACAUGACGAUGCUUUAGUGAUCACCCUCAAGAUAGAAAAGUACGACAUGAAGUGGGUCAUGGUGGAUCAAGGCAGUGGGGUAGAGAUUAUGUACCUUGACUUAUACAAGGGGCUGAACCUGAGGCCCGAGGAUUUGACAACCUAUGAUUCAUCUCUAGUGAGCUUUGACGGGAAGGUUGUCAUUUCGAAGGGUCAAAUUAGACUAUCCGUACAGGCAGGGUCAAAAGUGAUGGAGGUGAAUUUUAUUGUGGUGAAUGCCUACUCCCCUUAUACGGCCAUGGUGGCAAGACCCUGGCUUCAUACCUUGGGAGUCAGUUUCCUCCACCUUAUAUCAGAAGGUGAAAUAUCCAUUUGGGGAUCGGAUUGA